AUUGUUUUUGCAACAAUGGGGUCCAGGCAGCUUAUUGUGUUUGGCUUUGUGCUUGUGUGUGCCAGGCUUAGUGAGGCUCGAUUCCUCAGUAUGAGAUUGCCGACCUACUGGGGAGUCGAGGUGGAAGUCGAGCCAGCUGCAGAACCUGAGAGGGAGCACUCCAGGGAGUCUGUUCGACAAGCUGGCAGGCUCCAGGCAGAGCAGGUCGAGCCAGUGGUCGAGCCACUCUCCUGGAAGUUUCCACAUGAUCCGGUGGAAUUAGUGAACAAGCCCCCCAUUGAGUUUGAACAGCGGAAGCCGGUGACGACCAACCGUGUUGCUGUAAGGUGUGGGCAAAGUAGGAUCCAGGUGGAAGUGAGCCAGGACCUGCGGGGCCUCGGCAAGCUGAUAAAGCCAGAAGACAUCAGGCUCGGUGGUUGUUCAGCCACUGAAGUCGACGACUUGUCUCAUGUGCUGAUCUUUGAAAGUGAGCUACAUGGCUGUGGCAGCACACGAGUGAUGACUGAGGAUGCCUUCAUUUAUGCUUUCUCACUGGUCUACAACCCCAAAGUGUCCGGCAGAAGUGACAUCAUCAGGAGGCAGGGUGCUGUCAUCGGAGUGGAGUGUCAUUAUCCAAGAUUAAUUUAAAGCUGGAUGAGUCUGCAAAGACCCUUUGAGUUUAAUGUAAAGUAAUCAGCUGUAUGUGUUUAUAGUAAAUGAUAAUAAAAGUUUUAAUGUCUCAUG